AUGCCUGGCAUCCUUCCGAUGAAGGUGAUCAAGUGUGUGAAUGUGGGAUUCGAGUGCAAGACUAGCGACAAGCUCAGUCGUCGAGCGUUUCCUCGCGGUUACACAGAGUCGCUCGAGGAGCGAGUACGUGCGCUGGAGUCUGAGGUCCGCGAUCUCAAGGACUUGCUAGACGAGAAGGAUGAGAAAAUCGACAUGCUCUCACGGAUACACUCGCAUUCAUCACCUACCCACGCGCUUCCUAGAUCAUCGUCGACUCCGACCUCAGAGAUCCGUGAAGAGCCGCAAGAGAAAGAAGACACUUUUAAAAUACAACAGUCGCCAUUACUGCUUGAUGACGAAAACCGAGACACUUACUGCGUGGGAAGCUCGAGUGGAAGAGCGCUCGUUGAAUCAUUCAAACAACGUGCGCAAGAGUCUGGCAGGUCCUGCUCAGAUGUCAACUCAAAUGCCUUCUUUGGUACCGGAUCAAAAUCUUCGGUACCGCAUUCACCGAAGCGGGCCAUUUCGUUCAAGGCGCCACCACGCCUUGUGUCCGACCAGAUGAUCAACAUCUUCUUCCAGGAAUGGGCACCGUUGUUUCCUGUGCUGCAUCGACCAACCUUCCUUUCGCUGUAUGAGCAGUAUGUCGCCAGCCCGGAUGCUAUGACCGACAAGAAAUCUAUUGCUAAACUCAACCUCGUUUUCGGUAUCGCUGCGCUUUCUAGCGACCCCCGUGAUGGCCAGGAUGUCGAAUCCUUCGAAGCGCAGUGGCAAGCUGCAUUGGAAGGCUUUAUGAUGGACAACGACAUGGCUACGCUGCAAUGUCUAGUCCUAGCUCAGAUUUACUGCUUGCUCAAAGCGGAUUACUCUAAACUUCUCAAGUACAAGGGGCUCGCCAUUGGUCUCUCACAACGACUCGGCUUGCACCAAUCGCAGAAGAGAUUCGCGCUCGGAGCAUUGACCAGCGAGACACGCAAGAAGGUCUUCUGGUCGCUUUAUACCGUAGACUGUUUCUCCGCCGCUCACCUGGGUCUUCCCAAGCUUCUACGGGAAGAGGACGUACACUGUGAAUAUCCAGUGGAUGCCGAUGAUGAAUAUGUUACCGAGAAGGGGUUCCUUCCGACACUGCCAGGAGAGUCCACAAAACUCUCGAGCGCGCUCGCUCUAUUCCGGCUGUCGCGCAUUCUCUCCAAGGUGCUGGCAGAGCUGUACCCUGCCUCGGCGAUGCACGAGAUUUCUUUCCGUGUUAUCUCUUCGCUUUCCGACGACCUUGAAGAAUGGACGACCAACCUCGCACCGCAUCUCAAACUUACCUUCCAGCAAGAUAAGCCCAGCACCAACGUCACCAGCAGCAGGUCACCCAUUCUGUCCUUGGCGUACAAUCAUAUUCGGUCACUCAUCUAUCGUCCGGUAGUAGUUGCCAAUCUUGGCGAUAAGGGCUCUUCGGCGAUGGUCGCCGUUGGCGAUGCCUCUAAGCAUAUUGUGCAGAUCGUUCAAUUGCUUGAUGAACGCAAGUUGAGCUUCUCCUUCUGUCUCAACAGAAACGAGGUCCUGGUUCAGGCGGGCUUCGGGCUCUUGUUCCAGACGCUCGGUCUCGACCGUGAUGGCAAGCUCAUCAAAGAGUGCAAUCGGCUGAGCUGUACCGUUAUGGACAUGCUUGACAAUGGCACUGCUGCUGGCGCCCACGAGUUCCGACGCGUGGGAUGUUCCAUGAUUGCCAUCCCCCGUGUCAUGGACACGAUGCCUAGUCCGGUCCUAUCCCGUCACAACUCAGAAGGUACCAUGGCCGCUCCUAUGGAUCGCUUCCGUGCCACGCAGAAGUCACUCAAGGCAAUUGCCGCCCGCUUCUCUCCAAGCCAAAUGAAAGCCCACUUGCAGGACACCGCCAGAGAACCGCGUCGCGCCACGCUUCCUACGAUCUCACCGUCCGUAGGCGCCCACGCGAGCCAGUCCUCUACCAGCCUCUCCUCCAUCCGCUCCGAGCCCCACCACCAAGCCGAACCGACACUCAGCCCGCUUUCCCACCGUGCCUCCUUCUCCCACACUAAGCGCCGCCCCAGCAACCUCUACCAAAGCCAAAACCGCAACAUCGACUUCCUCUCCUUCGGCCCUGACCCACUCGCGAGCUACCACAUGCCUCACCACACCAUCAACAAAGCAGAUGUCUCGCCCUCCGACUGGGAACGCCUCCUCUCAUCCCUCGACAACGGCCAAACCAACAUCUACGAUUCCAUCUACGGCGGACCAACAGCUGACGCGCUGCUCGACAGCGUGCCGCUUUCCGCAGGUGCCGAGUCGAACCUCGCUUGGUCACCUAACAUGUGGAACCUGGGCUACAACGAGCAGGCACCCCCACCGCAGAGCGUCCUGAGCUUCAGCGACGAGAGCUUGACGAGCGGAGAAGAGUUUGCGAAUUCCGUUGGUGAUUACGGGUCGACGCCUGGGAGCGAGAAUUUCAAGGGCUACCAAGGCAUCGUGAUGCCUAAUUUGGGCGCUCAGGACUCGAUUGGUCUUGCGGGGCUGGAUGGUAACUUUGGGUUGUAA